UCGUCUAUAGUAGCUUCUGGAAGGAACCUCAUGCUUGCACCAUGGAGAAAGUUUCAGCACUAAAAGACCAGGGCAACAAGGCGCUGAGUGCAGGAAAUAUUGAUGAGGCUGUACGUUGCUACACUGAAGCGUUGGCCCUCGACCCUUCAAAUCAUGUCCUGUUCAGUAACCGCUCAGCUGCCUAUGCCAAAAAAGGCAACUAUGAGAAUGCUCUCCAGGAUGCCUGUCAGACCAUCAAGAUCAAGCCUGACUGGGGCAAGGGCUACUCCCGUAAAGCUGCAGCGUUGGAAUUUCUCGGCCGAUUGGAGGAUGCGAAAGGAACUUACCAAGAGGGAAUCCGGCAAGAGCCAAAUAAUCAGCAACUAAAGGAGGGUUUACAGAACAUUGAGGCCCGGCUUGCAGAGAAAUCAAUGAUGAACCCCUUUGCCAUGCCCAACUUGUAUCAGAAGCUUGAGAAUGAUGCUCGGACUCGGGAGCUCUUGUCAGAUCCGAGCUACAGAGAACUGCUGGAGCAGCUCAGGAACAAACCAUCGGAGCUUGGCACGAAGCUGCAGGAUCCCAGAGUUAUGACCACACUCUCUGUGCUGCUGGGGCUGAACCUCUCUGAGAUGGAGGAGGAAGAGGAGCCCACACCCCCUCCUCCCCCCAAACCCAAAGAGACACAGCCUCCUCCUCCCAAAGAGGAAGAUCUUCCUGAGAACAAGAGAAAGGCCUUGAAGGAAAAAGAACUUGGGAAUGCUGCAUAUAAGAAUAAGGACUUUGAAAAAGCGCUGAAACAUUAUGAAGAAGCAAUCAAGCAUGACCCAUCCAACAUGACCUAUAUUUCUAAUCAAGCAGCUGUGUACUUUGAGAAGGGAGAUUUUGAGAAAUGCCGGGAGCUAUGUGAAAAGGCCAUUGACGUUGGCAGAGAGAACCGAGAAGACUACAGACAAAUUGCAAAGGCCUUGGCCAGGAUUGGCAACUCGUACUUCAAGGAGGAAAAAUACAAAGAAGCAGUUCAGUAUUUCAACAAGAGCUUGACAGAACAUCGCACUCCAGAUGUCUUGAAGAAGUGUCAGCAGGCUGAGAAGAUAGUGAAGGAGCAGGAGAAAAUAGCCUACAUCGACCCCAAAUUAGCCCUGGAAGAGAAGACCAAGGGAAACGACGCCUUCCAGAAAGGAGACUACCCCUUAGCCAUGAAACAUUAUGGUGAGGCCAUCAAGAGAAACCCUAAUGAUGCCAAACUCUUCAGUAACAGAGCUGCCUGCUACACAAAGCUGUUGGAGUUUCAACUUGCCCUGAAGGAUUGUGAAGUGUGCAUCAAACUUGAGCCCACCUUCAUCAAAGGCUACACACGUAAAGGAGCUGCUUUGGAGGCCAUGAAAGAUUUUACAAAAGCUAUAGAUGCGUACCAGAAGGCUUUGGAGCUCGACUCUUCCUCAAAGGAAGCCACAGAAGGCAUGCAGCGCUGUAUGGUCAGUCAGACCACGAGGAACGACACCCCUGAGGAAGUGAAGCAAAGGGCCAUGGCUGAUCCCGAAGUGCAGCAGAUCAUGUCUGACCCAGCCAUGCGCAUGAUCCUGGAGCAAAUGCAGAAGGACCCUCAGGCGCUCAGCGACCACUUAAAGAAUCCAGUUAUUGCUCAGAAGAUUCAGAAACUCAUUGAUGUUGGACUGAUAGCCAUUCGCUGAUGAGAGACAAGAGCCAGAUGUGUGAAGAAACUCCCAAGACUAAAGUGGAACAAAAUGCAAAUCCCUCCAAUAUAAUACAUCCUCUCUUUACAUGCCUUCAAAAUUCAAAACAAAAUGUCCAUAGUCUCACAAAGACUUUGUGUGUAUGUUUUUUUUGUUUUUAUUUUUAAAUCAGUUUCACUACUUUUACAUUGUAUUUAAGAAGGCAUCUUGUAUGUUAUCUAGACGACUCCAGAACUCCCAACUUCUUGUGGAAAAAAAAAUCCAAUUUUUAGAGAUGCUUAAAAUACAUCUUAAAAUAAACAUCACAAUACCAGACACCAGCACGAUCAGUGUUUAAAGAGGAAAUCCACCCUAAAUUACUUCACAUAUUCCUAUUAGUUCAUGGAAGUGUUUGAAGGAAAUACAACAAAGUAGAAUUUCUACACACAACAUAAAAUUGAAAUGUAGAUCACAAAUUGAAGUUGCCAGCAUUGGUCCUUUUGUAGUCCUCUUAAAGGCUUGACUAAACAUGAGGCUGUGAAGUUGAGGUGUCUACUUUGUUUCGCCUCUGUGCACCUUUGAGUCAUCUCCCACACCUCAGGUGCAACGCUGAAUCUGUCCCAUCUACUGGCCACUUAGAUGCAGGGUCCUGAAUCUUGUAAGCAGGUUGGAUAUUAUUUUUGUACAUAUCCAAAAUAUUUGAUGUUAGUUUUCAAGCAUUGCUGUCUGGCUUAAUGAUGGUUUUGUUCUGUGUUACUGCUUAUAUCAGGAAAGGGAUGCACACCUUUCUUGAGCUUUUCCUCUGACAGUUGAUUGUGUUGGGUAGAAGAUGGAGUUUGACAGAUGGUAACAGGGACUCGGAAAAUACUCAUUGCCUUGGAAUCAAGGGCUACUUUUGCCAUGAUAAGACAUUUAAAGAGUGAUCCUUAAUGAUUUAUUAAAUAAGUUCAUGUAUCAA